GACCUGGAAGAAAAACAGGAUUUUACUCAUUAACCUACACUUUCAGUUUUGGACCCCAGCAAGACAAACCGUGCUGCUCUCCAUGCCUCCCUGUGUGAGGUGAGUGCUAGCCCAGCGUCAUCUUCGCGGGAUCAGGGACGGGUCCACCGGAAACACGAAGUGGUAUUAAACUGCAGCUGGUCUGUAUUGGGUCUGUUUGCAACUGAUCGCAGCCGAACCCAACCAAAUCUGUCAAUAUGGAGAUUUCAUUUGCAGGAAAAGCAGCUCUGGUGACCGGAGCAGGAAAAGGUAUCGGCAGGGCCACGGCUCUGGCUCUGGCACGUUACGGGGCCCAGGUCACCGCAGUCACACGGACGCAGGCUGAUCUGGACAGUUUAGUCCAGGAGUGUGCAUCCAUCAUCCCAGUGUGUGUGGAUCUGGCAGACUGGGCUACCACAGAAGCUGUCCUGAGAGACAUCGGUCGCAUUGAUUUGUUGGUGAACAAUGCUGCUUGUGCCAAAUUGCAGCCGUUCCUUGAGGUUACACCUGACCAGUUUGACCAAUCAUUUAAUGUGAAUGUGAAAGCUGUUCUCCACGUUUCUCAGAUUGUGGCUCAUGGUAUGAAGGCCAGAGGGUCAGGUGGCUCCAUUGUAAAUGUAUCCAGCCAGGCUUCUCAGCGUGCUCUGAGAGACCACGCUGUAUAUUGUUCCACAAAGGGGGCCCUGGACAUGCUGACUAAAGUGAUGGCACUAGAGCUCGGGCCCUAUCAGAUCCGUGUGAACAGCGUGAAUCCUACAGCUGUUAUGACGGAGAUGGGUCAACUGGGCUGGAGUGACCCAGAGAAAGCCAGGACCAUGACGUCCCGCAUCCCCCUUGGCCGCUUUGCAGAGGUGGAGGACGUGGUUAACAGUAUUUUGUUCCUGCUGAGUGAUAAGAGCAACAUGACUAAUGGAGUGACCCUGCCAGUGGAUGGAGGCUUCCUCACCUGCUAACCUCACAGAGGUCACAUCAGCAUGAGGUCUACCUGAUCAGAGAAAGAGGAAGUCUCUUCUACCUCCCAAACAUUCAUCCUGUGUCCUAAAUAAACCAUUCAUUCUCAAUGUA